UUCUCAUCUCCUUUGCUUCUCCUCAUAUACACCUUUCCAAAACAGGCUCACAGCCUAACACACUCCCUCUCCUCUCUCACACAGAAGCGCUCUCCAUCUGGCCUCUCUUCAUGUCCCCAAACUAGCUAGUUUGUCUGAUGAAGAAAUUAUUUUAGCCCUGUGCGUAGAGUUAUUGAUCCUCUGAGGUGACUAGGUUACUUGUACUGCGUGCAGCUGGUGAUCAAGACUUCAAGAGGCAGCUAGUAGUGUAUGGUGAUAAUGGAGUCAUGCGUGCCUCCAGGGUUUAGGUUCCACCCCACCGACGAGGAGCUCGUCGGCUACUACCUCCGGAAGAAGGUGGCCUCGCAGAAGAUCGACCUCGACGUCAUCCGCGAUGUCGACCUCUACCGCAUCGAGCCAUGGGAUCUCCAAGAGCACUGCAAGAUCGGGUAUGAGGAGCAGAGCGACUGGUACUUCUUCAGCUACAAGGACCGCAAGUACCCGACGGGGACGCGGACGAACCGAGCGACGCUGACGGGGUUCUGGAAGGCGACGGGGCGGGACAAGGCGGUGCGCGACAGCAAGCAGGGAGGCGGGCUCAUCGGGAUGCGGAAGACGCUCGUGUUCUACACGGGGAGGGCGCCCAACGGCCGGAAGACCGACUGGAUCAUGCACGAGUACCGGCUCGAGACCGACGAGAACGCCGCGCCACAGGAAGAAGGGUGGGUGGUGUGCCGAGCGUUCAAGAAACGCACCGCGCACCCGCCGCGGAGCGUCGCCGGAGCAUGGGACCCGAGCUACUCCUACUACCACCACGACCCCAUCCUUGCCGGCGCGGCGCGCUUCAAGCAAGAGUCGCCCGAGCUGGACGGCGCCGCCUCCGCGGCCAGCAGCCUCCUGCAGUACUCCAGCCGCCUCGCCGUCGCCGAGCUCCCGCAGCUCGAGAGCCCGCCGCUGCCGAACCAGGGGAGCCACCGAGCCCCGGCUGACGGCGGCGAGGGAGAUUAUUCCGCGGCGGCGACCACGGACUGGAGGGCGCUCGACAGGUUCGUCGCGUCCCAGCUCACCCCUGACGAGGAGCACGCCACCGAGCAGCAGGAAUAUUGCGGCAAGCCGCUGGGGACGCAUGCCGGAGACAGUGGUGAGGACGCGACGGACAUGGUGGCGCUGCUGCUCCUCGACGGCGCCGUCCGGCACGAGGAAGCCGGGCUGCUGGGCUCCGUGGCCGACCCUGCAGUGUGCCUGCACAAGAACGCGGCAAGAUGUGGCGGCCAUCAGGAACCAUAGAUGGCUGCAGCUGUACACAUGUAUGUAGCUGAACUUGCCAUGCAUUGUCGUCCGAUCGUUUUCGUUUCGUGCUUGUCUGGGAUCACUCGUGUCGGGUGAUGGGCCGUAGCUUCGGUCGUCGCCUCGUCGGUUCCCCUGCCUAUAUGGUAGUAAUACGUAUAUAAGAUACAAUAUAGUUUCACAAAUUGUAAUCACGAAUAUCGCCGGAGCAUUUUGUGACCCCGUUUCGUGUUUUCCUUUUUCAUUUAACGGAAGACUCCUUUAAUCA